AUGAUUCAGGAGUAUUAUGCUACUCAUUUUCUCACUGCCGCACGGACGGUUGUGAGUCCGACUUGGUUGCAUGCGGACAUGCGGGGGUUUGACUGCGCGUCCCGUAGAGCCCUGGAAUGGAGGCGUAGGCAUACGACAACCCUAGAGCAGGUCCAGCCGAUGGCUCAGUGCAAUCCCAUCCUUGAAGGGAAGGAUCGUAUCUGUCUCUUUAUCCUGGAAGAACAUACUCGCCAGGGAAUAAACAAAAAUUGA